UCCAAAUUCGCGCACAUACAACGCCUGGUCAUCAAUCAUGACUAGAUCACCAACGUCAAACACAUGAGUGGAGAAUAUGAAGAUAAGCGAUUCAAAUAGAGUCUGCGCAGAGUGACCAAAAAUGAACGAAAAUCCCAGGAUGAUUGUCGCAAGUGGAACAAGAGAUGCCAAGGUAUUACUUUUGUUGAAGAUCAGCAGACAAGCGAAGAGGAUACCUAACAAAGCAAUAGCAAUAAGAACCGCAUCAAGCUUUGCCACUACUGAGUCUACGUCUUUGAGGCUAGUAACCAAAGCCUUGCGCUCACGAUAAAUCCUUUGAACUGAUUCUCUCAUCUCUCUUUUACUGAUAUCACCGUUUGCAUCUUGGUCAAAGAUUGCGAAUGCGGCAUGAGCUUCUGCGGUUGUUCGGAA